AUGGCUAAGCGCCAACGCACCUCCGAAAUGGACCCCGUCCGCGAAAAGUCCUACUUCGAACAACAGCGCGAAGCACUGCUCGGCGACAUCGCACUAGUUCGUCCCACCGCUUGUCCUCCAGCUGCAAACUACAAGACUGCCAAUGAAGACAAGCUAACUCACUGCCCAGAGUUUCGAACACGUCCUCGCAAACAUCAAUAA